AUGUCUCUAUACCGAUUAGUCUAUAGAAAGGUUUGUCAUCUUCCAGUUGAGUUAGAGCACGAAGCAUACUGGGCUAUCAAGAAGUUUAAUUUCGAUAUGGCUGCUGGAGGUGCUCAUCACUGCCUCCAACUUAAUGAGUUAAAGGAAAUCCACAAUGCCUCAUAUGAGAAUGCCAAGAUCUAUAAAGAUAGGAUGAAAGACUUUCACAACAACCACAUAGUCGUGAAAUCUUUUGAACCUCGCCAAAAAGUAUGGCUCUUCAAUUCAAUGUUGAAAUUAUUUCUGGGCAAGCUGCGUUCCUGCUAUCAUGGCCCAUACGUUGUGAACCGUGUGUUUCCUCAUGGUGUGAUUGAAAUUAAGGACCCCAUGACUGACACACUGCUUAAGUUCAAUGGAUAG